UAUGUAGAAAAAUACAGCAAUCUUUCACCAUUUCUAUUCGUGCGAGGUACAAGAGCUCGGUUAGAUCAUCGAUUAAAGACUAAUUCAAGUGUAUUCUAAGUUCAUUCAAACGAGAGGAAGUAUCGGCCCUUAGAGUUGUUGACGAGGGUUUCUCGCCGUGACCUUUAUGUGAGGAUCGCGACGGGAGAGAGACGCGGGUCAGAGAGAGAGAGACAGGUGGAGAGACAGCGGAGAUCAUUGUGUCUUUUUGGAUCUGUGCUCAUCAUCUCUACUGAGAUCUUAUUGUCUGGUCCUCUGGUCGACAACAAGGAAAUAAACUGCAUUUAGAGGCUUUCUCCACUGCUUAAUUGUAGCCUAUCACAUAGGUGUCAUCAUGGAGGCCAUUGCCAAGUAUGAUUUCAAAGCAACUGCAGAUGAUGAGCUGAGUUUUAAACGUGGGGAAGUAUUGAAGGUAUUAAAUGAAGAGUGUGAUCAGAACUGGUAUAAGGCAGAACUAAACGGCAAAGACGGUUUCAUUCCAAAGAACUACAUCGAGAUGAAGGCACAUCCGUGGUUCUUCGGGAGAAUUCCGAGGGCCAGAGCAGAAGAGAUACUCAACAAACAGAGGCAUGACGGAGCGUUCCUCAUCAGAGAGAGCGAAAGCGCGCCUGGAGACUUCUCCCUUUCUGUCAAGUUUGGCAAUGACGUACAGCACUUCAAAGUGCUGCGUGACGGGGCUGGAAAGUACUUCCUCUGGGUUGUGAAGUUUAACUCUCUCAAUGAGCUGGUGGACUAUCACCGCACGACUUCCGUUUCCCGAAACCAACAAAUCUUUCUACGAGACAUCGAGCAGGUGUCUCAGCAUCCAACAUACGUGCAGGCACUGUUUGACUUUGACCCUCAAGAGGACGGCGAGCUCGGCUUCAGACGUGGAGAUUUCAUUCAGGUCCUGGACAACUCUGACCCCAACUGGUGGAAGGGCGCCUGUCACGGCCAAACGGGCAUGUUCCCACGCAACUACGUCACGCCUGUUAACCGGAACAUGUAAAAAGAAAACGAAGCAAUUAGUAAAUCAAUUGUCAUUAAUGGCCCCUAACAUUCACAUACAAUCAGACUACCCUAACUCUCCCCUAGCAACACCCUUAAAGUCCUGUGAAAUCCAAAGUGGUGCAGAAGAACGGAAAUCGUGAAAGAAAAGGAGGAAAAAAAAGUAGCGGAGAGGCCGGACGCCCCACCUCUCCCAUGGUGCCUGGG